AAGACGAGUGGGAACCUCUUCAGAUGAAGUCUCUGCAUGUAAUAAGUAUAAGAUGGCACCACCACAUCGCCCACGGGCUUUUCGUCGAUGGCGGUGUACUAUAGUUUCUCUUGUUCUUGCGACUACCAGUACAGCAAUCAGGCGAGCAGAACAGGUUGUGACACAGGCAGGGGAGAUAUUGGAGGUUCUCGACCACGAUGUUGAUGCCGGUGAAGCUCGUCCUCUUGAUUCAAGAAGAACAACUAGUACUGGGUCAUCUCCUGUCGAUACGACGCGAUCUUCUGUUAUUAAGGAACAGCACUCUCGAGCCGCUCCUGUGAGGGAGCACUCGCAUUGGCUAAGGCGUGAGUCCUUCUCCUCGGGUGUCGUGGGUGAUCAGCAGAGCACUUCUACUUUUGGUGGAGAGGCUAAAUUUCAUGAUGAUGAAGAGGAUGAUGACGAUGAUCUCUGGCUCAAAGGCCGCACAAACACAAUCGAGGACGACAAGCCAUUGUCUGAGCAAGAGGAGAUAUCAGUAGACCUCCAGGUUUCAUCUAAUCGAGAUAAAAACAGGACUUCAUCAGACGAAGCUCUUCUUCGAGGUACAACAAGUGUUCUAGCAGACCAAGGUAGCCAACCGCCAACAACGAAUUUAGCAGAUGACAAACUUCAUGUACACGAUGAAGAGGUAGAUCAUGCUGGUGCGAGGACUUCUUUUGAACAACAGCAACAACAGCAAGAAGAAGAGCAAGUGCUAGUAUUAGAAACGAGUAAGAAGCAGAACAAAGAUCAUGAAAGUCUGGGUACUGUGCCUGAUGAACAGACGAGAAUGGAGGACUUUUAAGGCCACUUUUUUUUGUGAUCGAGGAAGGUCGAAGGCUGAUCACUGGUCUGCCAAUCAAUCAAAGUGAAAGUCCUCUAGUGCUUUCGUUGUCCACGAAUUUCAAUUGCUGUGUUUCGACUCAUCGAAUUCAAUCUACUUCGUACAUGUUACUAGUUUCGAGAGGGAAAAAGUUGAAAGUUUCCGACCUAGGCUCCCUCCACCACAUAUAUUAUGACCAACCAAGGCCUCAUUACGUAUACUUUGGCCAAGAGCACCAUAUCCGCCCCAAGCUAGAACCAUAUCUCAAGUGUCUGCACCAUUUCCCAAGCCAGCACUAAUUUUCGAGUUCUUUUUCCUUCAGCAACGUUUUGGUAGCAUCAAAUGCUACAAUGAUCCCAACCUCGGAGGUCGAGGCGCGCUUGGGGAAAGAAGCGGCACUGACUGAAGUUGCAUCUUCGGAAAGUAGGAAGAUAGCUGGCUCUAUCGAAUGCGACACCAUGCCACGGAAGAGACGGUGUAGAAUUAAGGCUGCAAACCUCUUCUAGAACUAGAUUGUCAUCAUGAUACUUCUACUAGAUUGAGAUUGUCAUCACAAAGCUAAUUAUUUCAGAAAAGAGUAAGAAGAAAUUGGAGGUGGUCGCUAUCAAGAAUGCGCUACUAGUAUACCCCCUUCCAUGACCGUGACGCCCCAGAACAAGUAUUCUAAUUCUUACAAGCGAACCCCCUUCGAUGGCCAUUGCCCCCCAGAAAAAGUUCUAAUAGUACAGGUUCUAAUAGUAAAAUCAAAGCUCUAAUAGUAAACGAACGGGCGCGCAGUUGGAAACUAUAGGCGCGCAACACAACAGCGUAAUCUUGAAGAGCAAUGGAAACUCAGGGAACUCAAUCGAACAACUGCUUUAUGGUUCACUUCGAAGCUUAUAGAUGACUUAGACGAGACUUGAGAACUUAAACUUUUGGGCUAAAAUCUGACUCAAAGAACAGUUUCAUUCUUAGGUAGAGACUGCUCUAUCAUCGUGAUCGUGCUGAAGUUGGUAUUCUAAGUAUCAGCGUCGAUGAAGCAAUGUUGAUUCAACAUCUGAUGAUGUUCCAUCUUCUGCGAGAGAAAAAACUACUCACUCUUACACCUGUACUCUCAUAUUUAGUGAGAGUCAUUAAAUUAUAACUCUGUAGAGGAACAAGAGUCAGUGGGUCCUUGGAAUUCCACCAGUAAGUAUUCCUCUCUAGAGGAAGAGUCAGUGGGUCCUUGGAAUUCCACAAGUAAGUAUUCCUCUCUAGAGGAAGAGUCAGUGGGUCCUUGGAAUUCCACAAGUAAGUAUUCCUCUCUAGAGGAAGAGUCAGUGGGUCCUUGGAAUUCCACAAGUAAGUAUUCCUCUCUAGAGGAAGAGUCAGUGGGUCCUUGGAAUUCCACCAGUAAGUAUUCAUCCACCAUCUAACUAAUGUCUUUACCGAGCAAAUCGCACGAGUGCAAGGCAGUACCCGGCUAUCCAGAGAGUAUCGCCAGUUCCAGUUCCGAAAGUUGGUUCUUCAAAGCGGAUUUCGAGCGAAGUUUUAAGGCAACCAAGCGAGCAUCUAUCUCAACGUCAUCGCUGGCCUCAUCUUCAAGAGGGAAACAAACGGGUCCACCAACACAACACUUGAUAGGAUUGGCUUCUCCUAUAGAUACAUCUUUCAACUCCAAGUUGGAUGAUCUCAGGGAUGCACAUCGUUAGCGCUAAUAGUUGGCCUUUUUCGGACGUCAUGAGUUGGCAAGUCUACGUGUGGACUGGGGUUAACCCUGGAGAGGCAACAACCGAUCGUAACUACUAUGCUCGAGUACGAAUUCGAAUUCCUUUGUCCAACCCGCCUAUUAAUACUCGUACUACAAACCCUUCCCGUGAUCUGCAGCAACUAUAUACUUCUGUCAUAGAACAAGAAAAUGUCCUAUCAUCUUGUACUAGUUGAUCUGGUAGAUAUUACCACGACUUCAGUACUUGUUGCACUGAGUUGGACUUCGUAGUUCUACAGGAGCAACAGAACACUACUGCUUACUACAAAACAAUAAACGGCUAGACUUGAUGAAAAUGUUGUUGUUGCCUUCUAAUUUCUUUGGAUGGAUACCGAAGACACGAAGCAUGACUCAGCGCAAUAUUGUUAAGAAUGCGGGAAAUCCAGCUCCAAGUCCAUCUCCAAAGGCAUCUGGAAGAAGAAUGAAGACGAGAGAAAUAAGAGAUCCAGACCCUUCCUGGGAUGGAUUUUCUACCCCUCACUAAUAAAAGCCAGAAUUUGUUGCCUUCUCUUUGGCCAAUAUUGGGCUGGUGCGUCACUUUUACUGGCAGCUUUAUUACGAUUGUGCAGAUGUGGCAAGCCUGGUCUUAAGAAGAUGGCGAAAGUUGGAACUCGAACUUUUUAAUGAGGAAAAAUUUCUUCAAGAGUCAUUUGCGUUGGGGGAGCCUAGUCUACUUAAAGAAAAUGUAGUCAACUUGAUGAGGGUCGUGAAGCGUUAAUUUGAAUUUGUUCAUGAGGUUGGUGUAAACUACUUUUCUAUAUAAAUACUCCUUAUGCUUAUUGUUAUUUUUCAUCAUCUUCGUUAUUGCGGAACAAGUGCGAGAGCAGCGUGCGAGUGAACUUACAUAGCUAAAUAGCUGAUUGAGCCGACUGAGACAGUUCUCAUGAUACCCCUUUUUCCUCUCCCGGUUAUCCACCGUACUUAGGGCUACUAUAGUUAUAAUAGUAGUACCCUAAUCUUUCCGAAUAUGAAAUGCAGUAAGAGGUGGGGAGAACAAACUCAACAUUGCUCAAGAUUAAGGCUAGUACCGCUGAAGGUGCAUAUCCUUAUCCUUAUCCUUAUCCUUAUCCUUAACACUCUUGGCUCUUCUUUUUCUACUCGAAAAAGAAGCCUCCAGAGUAGACUUGGCUCGUUAAUGCGAACAAGAAGCCAAGAAUGCUAUUGAUGCGAAGUAGCACUCAAGGAUAUCUCUCUCAGGAAAGAUGCGGAUGCUGCAGCUCUAACCAAAAGCAGCAAGAAGACCGUCUCAACGUCGACGUGUGCAGGACCCUUGAAGUUUCAAGAAAAAGGGACCGCAGCAGGUACACGCACGCAGUGGGUUGGCCGAGGCUUAAGGCCGCUCAAUGCAAUUCAUGUCUACAAAUGCAAAUCCGUUCAUCUCCCUUUCAACAUAGUUUACUACCUUUUCUUCAAUUUCCUACUUUUUCUUCAAUGAAUUUCAUGUAAGAUUCAUUUCUAUUUGUAGUCAUUUCAUAUUCCACUCCCUAUUAGACUGUUUCCUUCUUAGGCUAUAUGUAGUCACUUCUCCCUGUUAGUCUCCUUCAAUAUGAAGGGAACAAUAUGGAGUGAUAACUGUUUUGAGCUCGUCUAAGAGAUGACGCAUGUCUGGCAGUGUCGUCCCCCAUUGAACUUUCUGCGAACAAGGGAUGGCUUUUCAAGCAACGCUAUCUCUUGCAAGACGUGUGGACCAUGAUAUUUUACUGCGGGGACGACGCCAUCUAUCAUCGUGUCAACCGGGACGAUAGCACCUCCAAUAAGUUAAGGAUGAGUCAGCCCCUAGUAUAACCAAAAAAAAAACUACUCACCCUCAGCUACUUCAAAACUGGCAGCUAGUCCACGACCUCUAUGCUCAGUCAGUAUCUUCACAGUUAAGUUGCCCGCUAUCAAGGUUGGCUAGUCUGUUUCGUUAAGUAGUUGUUAGCUAUAAGUUGAAUUUUCAAGCACAAGCUCGCCUUGCUGUAAGGUGAGAUUGUACUAUUGUUCAUUCAAGACAGCACAGGAGUACCUCUCAAACACACAGGCACUCUUUCUUUAGGGGAAGGAUCCCUCCCAAAAAUGCCGAGAGAUGUUCUAAGCAAGGAUCCGGAGUACGUGGAUCUGGAGUACGAUGCCCACAACGUUACGCAUCCUCGUGAAUAGACCCGAUGCGUAAGACUUCUCCUGAGUGGAUACUACACUUCUCUGUAUCAUUGUUGACUGGAUACAUCACUAUCAUCGUCAUGGUGAAAGGACGACCGUAAAACGAAAUAAAAGCACUUGUAGCAUCAUUCCUUUCGUAUCUCGUAAACUAAAUAUUCGUAUCUCUGUAGCAUUAUUCCUUUUCCCCUGCUUAGAGGUCGGCGAUUGAUGGGAGUGCGUCUUGUCUUUCUCUCUAAUAGUUGGGAGACAAACAUUGCACUGAUAUAUGACUGUACAACAUCAACGACCACUUCAACAGCGACCACUUCAACAGUGACCACUUCAACAGCGACCACAAGCGCGACGACCGCAAGCGCGACGACUACGAGCGCGGCGACUACGAGCGCGACGACCACAAGCGCGACGACUACGAGCGUUAGUUCGACGACGCUAAGGCUAGUUUUCCAUUAUCGUCUCAUGUCCGUCGUGGACUUCUAUACUAAGUGA